AAGAAGCAGAAUCUCAUUAGCGCCUCUUUUAACACUCCACUUCACUUCCCACUCCAACAGCUUUCACACUCUCCACUCAGAAAAACCCUACUUUACUUUUCCUAUGAACAAUAUAAUCAUAAUAUAAUUCAUAAUUAGACAAUAAUUUGAAAUUUUGGCGUUAAUGGAGGUUUCUAAGCAGAAAGAGAGUCAAUUUGAGAUUUUAUCGAUUGCGGAGGUUUCAGCUUCUUCAUCAGAUACUUCGUUUUGUAAAUCUGAACCGGUUUGUGCUCGGUUCGGGUCGGGUUCUGGAUUUUCGAAGCUCCGAUUUGGUCAGGAGUCUGAAACAAGUGCCGACAUUGCGUUCGAUCUUCGAAUUUCACAGUUAUUCAAGCUAGGACCUGCAGAGUCUCUGUGCAUAUCUGAAGCUUCUGAAGCCAAUAAGGAGAAAGCCUAUUCCAGGGGAAUCUCCAUUCAAUUUAAAAACGAGGAGGAAAGUAGGGCCUUCCAUUGUGCAUUUGAGCAAUGGAAGACAGAAGUGGUUGUUCAAGGGUCUCCUCUGCCAAAUGGAGUAGUAUCAACUUCGAAAAGUAAAUUUGAUGACAAAAUAGAGGCAUCUUCUGCUAAAAUGUAUUUUCAUUACUACGGGCAACUAUUGCAUCAGCAAAAUAUGUUGCAGGAUUUUGUAAGGACAGGAACCUAUUACGCUGCUGUAAUUGAGAACCGUGCUGACUUUCUUGGUCGUGUAGUGGUUGAUGUUGGAGCUGGUAGUGGUAUUUUGUCAUUAUUUGCAGCUCAGGCUGGUGCAAAACAUGUUUAUGCCAUAGAGGCAUCUGAAAUGGCCGAAUAUGCUAAAAAGCUUAUUGCGGGAAACCCAUCGUUGAGUGAGAGAAUUACAGUAAUCAAAGGAAAGGUUGAAGAAGUAGAGUUACCUGUGAAAGCCGAUAUCUUAAUCUCUGAGCCAAUGGGUACUUUGUUAGUUAAUGAAAGAAUGCUAGAGUCUUAUGUGAUUGCUAGAGAUCGAUUUCUAGUUCCAAAUGGAAAAAUGUUUCCUACAGUAGGAAGAAUACACGUGGCACCAUUCAGUGACGAAUAUUUGUAUAUGGAAAUUGCAAACAAGGCUAUUUUUUGGCAGCAACAGGGCUAUUUUGGGGUUGAUUUGACACCCUUGCAGAGAUCUGCAUAUGAAGGAUACUUUUCUCAGCCAGUGGUUGAUGCUUUUGAUCCGAGAUUAUUGGUAGCUCCUGCAAUAUCUCACGUGAUUAACUUCACUUCGAUAAAGGAAGAAGAUCUAUAUGAAAUUGACAUCCCAUUGAGAUUUACAUCUUCUGCUAGCACUAGAAUUCAUGGGCUGGCUUGCUGGUUUGAUGUACUUUUUAAUGGAAGCACUGUACCGAGGUGGCUGACCACGGCUCCCGGUGCACCUACAACUCACUGGUAUCAGCUUCGGUGCGUGUUGUCACAGCCACUUUAUGUCAUGCCAGGACAGGAGAUAACUGGCCGCCUUCGCCUGGUUUCCCAUAAGGCACAAAGUUACACAAUUUAUCUAAGAUUGUCUGCUACUGUUGGAGAUGUGCUCCAAACAUCAUCCGGAAAACUUGAUCUGAAGGAACCAUAUUACCGGAUGUCCCAACCACAGGCAUAUUCAUUGGCACAAGAUCAACAACCUAAUCAGCUAUUACAAGCACAGUUUCCCAAGGAUUUGAAAUUACCACUAAUUUUUGAGCUGCAGCAAGAUUCUUUUUGCAAUUUAUAGGACAUACUAACACAAUCUCGGGAUGAAGAUGGCUCUGUCCCCGUGCAGCAACCUUCUCCAAAUUUUUGCGCAGAGCUACAUUCACUCUGAUGGUGAAAUCCAAUAUAAGGGAUGUGCUUCUCGAUACUCUCCUGUUUGUAUCAUUAGAGUACUUGGCUAAAGCUAAAGCAUGCAAAUUUUUAAUCCUGCCAAGUUCCAACUUAACCGUUUUUACCUUGAUUGCUUGUAAAUCGUCGUUCAUGUACUAUCUUUAUUGUUUUUCUUCAUCCAUUAGCACUUUCAACCUGACCAUGUAGGAUGCUUUUGUAUCCAGCUUGAUAUAAAUGGCUAUUUCAGCUGUGCAAGGCUCUGAUGAUCCCUCUUUGCUGGA